AUGAGUCAAGAUCGAAAUAUGUGCUUUUCACCUAAUCCAUCAUACAAAGAUAAUCAAUCUUAUCCGAUUCAAGAACCGACGGGAUAUAUACCACAUCCACUUCAACCUGGUGGUAACAAUGGUCAGCAUAAAACGUCAUGUGAAGUCCCUUCAGUAUUGCCGGCAUGUCCAAAACUUACCAAAGAUGAUGAACAAGGCGGAGAUCAAUGGGGAAAUUUUACUGGUCUUGAAAGGAAAAAAAUUCGUUGCGCAUUUAUUCGAAAGGUUUAUUUAAUUCUCUUAAUUCAAUUAUCGAUUACAUUUGGUCUUAUUGCAAUAUGUCAUUUUAUACCAUCGAUUCAUGAAUAUGUACGAAGUUCGCAUGGUAAAUGGCUUUAUUUUGCAUCGUACUUUGUUUUUUUUGUUACUUAUUUUACAUUGGUUUGGUCAAAGCGUGCAGCACGAAUGUUUCCAUUUAAUCUUAUUUUACUCGCUAUUGUGACAUUAUCAAUGGGUUAUAUGAUGGGUAUGAUUUCAGCAUAUUAUAAAAUUGAAUCAGUCUUAAUUGCUGUUGGUAUAACAGGAUUUGUUUGUUUGGGUAUUACAUUAUUUUCAUUUCAAACAAAAUAUGAUUUUACAUUAUGUUUUGGAGUUUUAUUUGUUAUUACAUUGGUAGUUUUAGCUUUGAUAGUUAUUUGUAUAUUUACUUUUUCAAGAAUAAUGUUUACCAUUUAUGCUGGAUUAGGAGCUAUAGUUUUUUCUAUUUUCUUAGCUGUUGAUACACAAUUAAUUAUGGGUGGAAAACGACAUGAAAUAAGUGCUGAAGAUUAUGUUUUUGCAUCACUUAUGCUUUAUAUGGAUAUUGCUCAAAUAUUUAUGUUGAUUCUUUCAUUGUUUGGCAUUCGGAAAUGA